UGCGUACAUAUAUAUAAUUGACGAGAAAACGAACAAUAGCAAAUGUUAACGAUCUCCAAAUCGCAGAAGCUCGACUCAUGGAUGCCCUACAUGGCUCCAAAAAAAUCCCCAAACUCAACUCUAUAAACGGCAGCGUUUCUCCCAUCAACACACGCCUCAACAUCGACUCCACUCUCAUCAGAUACCUUCGCGGUGGAUCUCCGAUCUUAUCCUCCUCUUGUAAUGGCAACAAUGACGCCUUCUAUUCUCCGGCCAUCAGCGCCAAUAACAGCAGCUUUGGAAGGUCAUUGUCGCCGCUGUCCUCGGUUGAGAAUGUGAUGUCAACGCCGAUGUUUGGAACGCCUGUUAAGGUUGUGGAUGAUGAUGUGCUGGUGAUGGAUGGGAUUUUGGUGGAGUCUGUUUCUGGUGGUAGGAGUUCUAGGUCUCUGGCGUCUGAUUCUAGUGAUUCGCCAUCCAAUUCUUCGUCUUCUUCUCCAGGUAUUCGCGCGUACAAGACGGACCUUUGUCGGUCUUGGGAGGAUUUUGGACACUGCCGGUAUGGCUCCAAAUGCCAGUUUGCGCAUGGAAAAGAAGAGCUUCGACCGACUUGUUUCCCCAUGAAGAGUAAAGCUGAAACGCAUACUUUCAAGUCGCAGACUUCUGGGUCAUACUCUUCUGGUCAGAAGUCGCGUUUCCUCAUGGCUGAAGCAGCGGCGGCAGCAAGCCAAACGGCCUCUGUUUCCAAACCUGAAUACAAGAACAAAAGCCCCGCAACCAACAUACACUCCGUAUACUCCAGCAAGAACACCAGCCCAGUCAUCCCACCAGUGCAACGUAUCAAACCAGAAGUCCACAACAAAAGCCCCCGCACCACUAUCAUGCCUCGAGACUGGUCACCCUUGGAUGAUGGAAUUAAAGUUGACUUGCCAGGUGAUAUUGGCUAUUCUCCGAAAAAAGAUGUUGAUGCCUAUAUACAUAGUAUUCUUCAUGGCCCAAGAACAAGAAAGCGAUUACCAGUUUUUACUGAAUUUUCUCAGUAGUUAUUGCUUGCAAGAAAUUUUUCUGGUUGCUUUGGACAUGCUCAGUUACGUUUAGCUCCAAUAUUUUUUCCACUUUCGUCUGAUCAGAGCAAGUACUUGAUAUUAGGUUGAGCAUAAAUUUUGUUGAGAACAUAGCUACAUGAAGCUUUACAUAAAACUUUACCCAUACUGCAAUUACUAUUGUACACAAGAAAUAUAAAUAGAUCCUGAAGAUAGAAGCAGCUAACGGAAAGGCAUGAAUGGAUACCGGCAUUAAUUUUUUGCAAUAAGAUACUUCUCUGGCGAUUUUUUUUUUCUC